GAGUGGACCGGACCGCCGCGCCCGUCGCUCCGCUCCUGCCAGCCUCCUCUAUCCCGGAAGUUGACGCUGCGAGCCCGAUCGCGUGCUGCUCGCUAGGGGUGUCGCCUUAGAGAUCUGGACGGGCUGGGCAGGCGAAACGGUCGACAUGCCUUUGGCUAGAGAUUUACUGCAUCCUUCCUUGGAAGAGGAAAAGAAAAAACAUAAAAAGAAACGACUGGUUCAAAGUCCAAAUUCUUACUUUAUGGAUGUAAAAUGCCCAGGUUGCUACAAGAUUACCACAGUUUUCAGCCAUGCUCAGACAGUGGUGCUUUGUGUAGGUUGUUCAACGGUGCUGUGCCAGCCAACAGGAGGAAAGGCCAGACUCACAGAAGGGUGUUCAUUUAGAAGAAAGCAGCACUAAUGGCCCACACAGCGUCCUGAGUUUGUGUGGUAUCCCAGAAGCCUUAUCAGUUCAGCAAUUCUGGUUAACCUACCAAGAUAAUGUAAUUUUGUUUAAUUUUGUAACAUAUACAGCAACGCUUUCCUAUUUUGGUGUCAGUUUUUCAAUAAAGUUUUGAUUAUGGGCAAAUUA